UUAUUUAGCUAAAUGUAUUUAUUGAUAACAUAAAUGACAUAAUAUAGCCCUAAGCUUUAACGAAUGAAAGUGAAUUUUUUCAAGAAACCGUCUUCUCUUUUGUUUGUAAUGUUAUGAGUUUAUGACACUUCAUUUACAUAAGAGAAGUUUGGCUAAAGGCCAGGUAAAUAUUUCUAAAUUUAAAUACUAGAUACCAGACGAACGCAAGCGAUAUUCAUUUCAAGUAAGUACACAUUUUUUGUUCUGAACGAUAACAUGUUUCUUUCGUACGCGUUUGUUGUUACCAUUGGCCUAUGCCAUGUUGUGGGACAAGAAAAUGACAACGUACCGCUUUCCGUCGUUGGAUUCUUCGACAAAGAAAACAGCAUUGAACAAAAAAUGUUCGAAUUGGCUAUCCAAAAAAUAAACAUUGAUCCAAAGUUUGCAAAUGUUUUUUUAAAAGCUGAAAUUAAAAUUAUCGAUCCUACAGAUACUUAUAUGACUAGUCUGAAAGUAUGUGAAACAAUGGAAUCUGGGAUUAGUGCAGUUUUUGGUCUGUCUUAUCUAGAAUCAUCAAACAUAGUGCAGUCACUCUGCGAAACUAUGGAAGUCCCAUGUAUAGAAACUAGUUGGGACAACAUGCCUGUUAAAAAUUUCAAUUUUUAUUUCAACCCAUAUCCUGAACCGACAUUACUAACAAAAGGUUAUACGGCUAUAGUUCAUGACAUGGACUGGAAGUCAUUCACAUUACUCUAUCAAAGGUCAGAAAGUCUUAAGAGAUUACAAGACUUAAUCCAAGAUUACUCUGGAAAAACAAAACCUAAUGACAAACAAGCAGCAGCCAUUUCUAUUAUACAAUUGCCCGAAGGCAAUAAUUUUAGACCAAUUUUAAAAGAAAUUAAGAAGUCUCUAGAAAGUUACAUUGUACUUGACUGUGAUGCAGAUUUAAUAUUAACUAUAUUCAAACAAGCAAAAGAAGUUAAUUUGUUGGAUGACUAUCAUAGUUUUAUUAUAACCUCAUUGGAUGCACAUACAGUUGAUUUUAGUAGUAUUGUACAGAACUUGCGUACAAAUAUAACAACUGUCCGAUUGAUUGAUCCGUUAAGUCCAUAUGUAGAAAAUAUUGUUAAAGAUUUGAAUUUUGUUCAACAAAGAAUGAACUUAAAUAUAGAACCUUUAAAAGCUAACAAACUUACAGUUAAUGCCAUACUCAUUUAUGAUGCAUUAAAUGUAUUUGCUAAAGCAUUAAAAAGUCUUGGUAUGGUAAAUAAAAUCAUCACUGAACCACUAAAAUGUAUGAACUCUCCAUUUAUUCCUUGGUCCAAUGGAUUUAAACUUACAAAUUUUAUGAGAGUAAUUGAAACUGAAGGCCUAACUGGUCUCUUGCGCUUUGACAACAACACUGGUCACCGUUAUUACUUUACACUAGAAAUGGUAGAACUAAUUGAUACUGGUUUCAAAAAAAUUGGUUCGUGGGAUCCAGAAAGAGGCAUGACUUAUACAAGAACCAGCCUUGAAAUGCUUCGUGAUUUAUAUGCUGGGAGUAAGAACAAAACAUUUAUUGUUUCAUCAAAAGUUACAGAGCCCUAUUUGAUGUUAAAAGAAGGCCACAGUAAACUUGAGGGUAAUGACAAAUAUGAAGGAUACGCAGUAGAUCUUAUACAAAUGAUUGCUGAAGAAAUCAACAUAACUUAUGAAUUUCGUUUAAGAAAUGAUGGAAAUGGAAAACGUGAUAAAAAGACAAACAAAUGGAAUGGGAUUAUCGGUGAAGUACAAGAAAUGAGAGCUGACUUAGGGGUCUGUGAUUUAACAAUUACUCACGAAAGAAGGACUGCUGUAGAUUUUACCAUGCCAUUUAUGAAUUUAGGUAUCAGCAUAUUAUUUAGUAAACCAGAAGAACCUCAAACCGAUCUUUUUUCAUUCACCCAGCCACUUUCCUUUCAAGUAUGGAUAUUUACAGCAACUGCUUAUUUAGGCCUGUCUCUGGUAUUAUUUUUUUUAGCCAGAAUUACACCUAACGAAUGGCAAAACCCUCAUCCAUGUAAUCUUCAUCCAGAAGAAUUAGAAAAUUCCCUAUCAUUGCUUAAUUGUUUAUGGUUUUCAAUGGGAUCAAUUCUCUGUCAAGGUAGCGAUAUUCUGCCUAGAGCGUUUCCAACUAGAUUAUGUGCUGCUAUGUGGUGGUUCUUUGCUCUAAUUAUGACUCAAUCUUACACUGCUAACUGGACAGCUUUCUUAACAUCAAAUCGAAUGGAAACUACUAUAAAGAAUGUAGAAGAUCUUGAUAAAAAGGGAGGUACAGAAAACAUCAAAUAUGGAUGUGUAACUGAUCAAUCUACAGCCAGCUUCUUUCAAAACUCUGAUGUGAAUUUAUACCAAAAGAUGUGGAGUGUUAUGGAACUAAACGGUGUUUCGGUUAUGGUGUCUGAUAACAAACAAGGGGUGAAUAGGGUUAAAAAGGAGAGAAAUCAUUAUGCUUUCUUUAUGGAAUCCAGUUCUAUUGAGUAUGAAGUGCAGAGAAAUUGUGAUCUAACAGAAGUGGGAUAUUGGUUGGAUAACAAAGCAUAUGGUAUUGCAAUGCCAUUCAAUGCUCCACAUAGGACGCUUGUAAACAUGGCUGUAUUAAAGCUUUCUGAGUCGGGAGCAUUAAUGGACCUAAAAAAUAAAUGGUGGUCAGUAACUGACGAUAAAAGGUGUAAGGAUUUGAAAAAAGACACAGCUGAACUUGAUGUUAAUGAAGUUGGUGGUAUGUUUGUAAUUUUAAUACUUGGCUGUCUGAUAGCAUUUUUAUUCUCUAUACUUGAAUUUUUAUGGAAUAUAAGAAAAGUGGCUGUUGAAGAAAAGUUAACACUCUGGGAAGCAUUCAUAGUAGAGUUGAAAUUUGUGCUCAAAUGUCACGGAACAUCCAAACCAGUGAGACAUGUAGAAGACAGUUCAUCAGAUAUUACUACCAAAUAAUAAUUAAAAUAUAUUAUAUAAAUUGUAUUAAUAAUUUAUUUGUUUACUAUUACACCUAUUUAUUCUCCAUAAUCAUGUGUGAACCAAUUAUUUUUCUUUAGAAAGGUAUAUACAUAUAUAGUAAAACUAGCAGCUAUUUGUGUUUUUACUUUGUGACUAAACGCCUACAUAACUUCAUGUACAGAAAUUGUAAUCAUGGAAAAACAGUUAUAGG